AUGGCUGCGUUCCUAGUGAUUUUUGGGGUGGUUUUGGGGCUUUGUAUUUGCAGUACUGCUCUAUUGAGAUGGAAUGACUUGAGGUACAGGAAGAAAGGUUUGCCUCCCGGUACCAUGGGCUGGCCUGUUUUUGGCGAGACUACCAAGUUCAUAAAACAAGGCCCAAGCUUCAUGAAAAACCAGAGAACAAGGUAUGGAAGUUUUUUUAAAUCCCACAUCUUGGGCUGCCCAACCAUUGUUUCCAUGGAUCCGGAGCACAACAGAUAUAUCCUCAUGAAUGAAGCAAAAGGCCUUGUACCUGGCUAUCCACAGUCCAUGCUUGACAUUUUGGGGAAAUGCAACAUUGCAGCUGUUCAUGGUUCCAGUCACAAGUACAUUAGACGGGCAUUGGUUGCCCUUGUAAGCCCCACCAUGAUCAGAGACCAACUUUUGCUAAAGAUUGAUGAAUUCAUGAGAUCCCACCUAAGCAAUUGGGAUAACAACAUUAUUGACAUUCAACAAAAAACCAAAGAGAUGGCAUUUCUAUCAUCGCUUAAGCAAAUUGCUGGUGAAAAAUCAGGAUUGAUAUCUCAGAAAUUCAUGAAAGAAUUUUUUAAGCUAGUAUUAGGGACCCUUUCACUGCCUAUCAACCUUCCCAGCACAAAUUAUUAUCGGGGGUUUCAGGCUAGGAAGAACAUUAUCAGCAUGUUGAGGCACCUUAUUGAGGAGAGAAGAGCUUCUGAUGAAAUCCAACAUGACAUGCUUGGUUUCCUUAUGGAUGAUGAAAAAAAUAGACAUAAACUAACUGAUGAGGAAAUAAUGGAUCAAAUCAUCACUAUUUUGUAUUCAGGGUAUGAGACUGUUUCGACUUCUUCAAUGAUGGCUGUCAGGUAUCUUCAUGGCCAUCCAAGAGUCCUUGAAGAACUCAGAAAAGAGCACUUGGCAAUUAGAGAAAGGAAAAGACCAGAAGAUCCAGUCAACUGGAACGACUUUAAAUCUAUGCGCUUCACUCGUGCUGUGAUUUUUGAGACCUCAAGAUUAGCUACAAUUGUCAAUGGUGUCUUGAGAAAAACUACUCGCGAUAUGGAACUAAAUGGAUAUGUUAUUCCCAAAGGAUGGAGGAUAUAUGUUUAUACAAGGGAGAUCAAUUAUGACCCAAUUCUAUAUUCUGAACCUUUUACCUUCAAUCCCUGGAGAUGGCUGGAUAAAAGCUUGGAGACACAGAACAACUUCUUGAUUUUUGGAGGAGGCAGUAGACAAUGUCCAGGGAAGGAACUGGGAGUAGCAGAAAUUUCUACAUUCCUUCAUUACUUUGUAACUAGAUACAGGUGGGAAGAACUAGGAGGAGAUAAGCUAAUGAAAUUUCCAAGAGUUGAAGCACCAAAUGGGCUACACAUCAGGGUUUUACCUUACUGA